AUGGCGACUAUCAAGGUAGCGAUGUCAACGUGCCGGCUCGUCCUCGCGUCGUUGUCGCGGAAUUGCGAACGUGUCAUCCCCGGCGCGACCGUGGUCUCGAAGAAGAGCUAUUCGACCACCGCGGAAAACGAAAAGACCUAUGAUGUCGUCAUCGCCGGAGGCGGCAUGGUCGGCACAACGUUGGCAUGUGCCAUAGCAAACAAUCGGAGAUUAGCAGGUAAGAAGAUCUUACUUUUAGAAGGUAAUGCUAAACAGGAAUAUAUACCACAGGAGCAAUACUCCAAUCGAGUUGUUGUGUUGAAUCAACAAACCCGUACUUUAUUAUCAAGCAUAGGAGCAUGGAAACAUAUAGAGGCAGUCCGAUAUUCUCCAGUACGAAAAAUGCAGGUAUGGGAGGCAUGUUCUGAUGCUGUGAUAACAUUCAAUGAGGAUUUGUCGUGCAAAGAAUUAGCCUAUGUAAUUGAGAAUGACCUGUUAUUACACGCGAUCAACAAGCAGCUUUUUGAAAAAGAAAAUGUUACUUUGAUUUACAAUUCUAAAGUCGCCAAUGUAGAACUUCUGAAGACGGGAAUGGAAUUUGUUACUAUACAGUUGCAGUCUGGAGAGCAGUACAGGACUAGGUUACUGGUGGGUGCCGAUGGCGUUAACUCCCUAGUGAGGAAGGCGAUGGGUGUGAUUUAUCUCAACUGGCAGUAUAAUCAAUUAGGCAUCGUUGCGACUGUCAAGCUGUCUGAGCCCAUGGAGAACGUCGUUGCUUGGCAAAGAUUUCUUCCAACAGGACCCAUUGCAUUGCUUCCGUUGACAGAUUCUCUCAGUUCACUCGUAUGGUCCGUAACGAAAGAGAAAGCAAAGGAACUAUUGAAAAUCUCGGAGGAAGAAUUUGUCGACAAAAUAAAUGAGGCGCUGUGGCGAAUUUAUCCGAAGAGCAGCAUUGUCGAGAGCGGGAUGCACGGAUUCCACUGGUUGCUUACAAGACUUGCUUUAAAGACCAAUGUAUCCAGGCAAAUGCCACCCUCCGUGGAGGCAGUUGUCGAGGGAUCGCGGGCAGCAUUUCCCUUAGGUUUCGGUCAUGCCUCGUCUUAUGUUCAGUCAGGCGCGGUGUUGGUUGGGGAUGCUGCACAUCGAGUCCAUCCUUUGGCAGGUCAAGGUGUGAAUCUAGGUUUCGGCGACGUAGCAGAGCUGACGCAAAUCCUCGCCGAGGCAAAUGUGAAUGGCAGUCAUCUCAAUGAUAUGUUCUAUUUGCGGACAUACGAGACGCUGAGGCAACGUCACAAUGUACCGAUGAUGCUCGCCAUCGAUGGACUUCAUCGGUUCUAUCAACACACCGCGGCACCCAUUGUUCUUGGUAGAAGUCUGGGCUUGCAAUUAGUAGACGCUCUCCCGCCAAUCAAGAAACUUUUAAUGCAACAGGCUGCAGGAAAUAAUAUGUUUUAAAAAUGCUGAUCAUACUGGAGACUAGAAUGUACAGAAUGUAAAUAGUGUGAAGGAUGGUUAAUUUACUCUCUGUAUUAUACAUAUAUAUCGUUAUAACCAGAAAUGGCAAAUAGGGUACGGUCAACGCAACGCCACAAACGCUUUGAAGCAUUUUUUAAUUGGUCAAUUUGUAAAAUUAUUUCUUUUAAUUGAUCCAUCAAACCUCAAAGCAUUUGCAGCAAGACUCCUUAAAUUAAUACAAUGAAAAAAUAAUAGCAAAAUACAAAUGGCGUUAGGAAUCAGUGCAGGAUAUUAUAUUGGUUUUCAACGGGUAUUAGAACGAACAUGACUCUCUUUUACUUAAAUUAUUUUUCAAUCUAACUUUGACAUCGUGAUUUUUAAAAUUGUAAUGGAUUGACGAUGCUUGGAUCCGUAUGCGAUCGUUGUUGGAGAUGAGCUUGAGUUCCAUUAUCUGCUCCAUUCAGCUAAGUAACUGGUUGGCACAACAUUAGACUAUAUUGAAGAUGAUUGUCUCUCACCACAUUUCCACUGCGACUGCAUUAUUGUAGGUCGGAACUACGAAUGUGUGCGAGACGCAGUUCGACAGAUUUUUUAGUGCGAUAAGUGGUAAUUUUUUAUUGCUGAGGAUGGCUCAAAUAGUGAGCCGAAACAUACAAAAUUGAUAAAACAGGGAAACAAACUUUCGAGAAUAUCAAAAAACAAAGAACAAAUAAGGACUAAUGAGAGUUUUUUACGC